AGUCAGCCCUAGUCUGGCACGUGCCCAAAUGGCACACAGCCAUUUGCCUGCACUGGGUUCGGAGCCGCAGGGCUUUGGCUCCCAGCUUGGAGCCAUGCAGCCGCCAGCGAAGCGGGCGCGCACCGAGCCAGGAUGGUGCAUCAGCCCGUCGCAAGCAGCAGAGCUGCAACAAUACGGCCCUGGGUUCCUAAAGAUGCUGGUCACCAACAACACGGCUGGAAUUCUGAUUGGCAAGGGUGGCUCUGCCCUCAAGGACCUUGAAGCCUCUACUGGCUGCCUGGUGAGGCUGUCCCCAGCCAACAACUUUUAUCCUGGCAGUGGCCAGCGCGUGGUGUGCGUAGCUGGCAAGCAGGAAGCAGUGGAGGCAGUGCUUGCAGCCGUGGUCGAGGCCACGAUGGAGGUUGAAAGACAUCAAGCUGCAAAGGAGAGCAGGGAACCAGAGGACAGGGUGUUGGCGCAGAUCGCUCUGCCAUUCUCUGCCUGUGGCCUGGUUAUUGGCAAGGGCGGGGUGACGCAGAAGGAGAUCACUGAGCAAACAGGCCGCUACGCACUGCAAUUGCAAAUCACGCGAAUUUUGUCGAAGCCGCGUGAGAGCUUCCGCGGCAAAAAGCAGGACCCGUUUGAUCUCCGUCGGGGUACUUCCCAACUUUGGAGCAAUGCGCAGCUGCUUUCAAAGGCAUUUGGCGGUCCGCCCGUAGGCAUCACUGUGAAGAUCACCCCGCAGGGCCAGAACACGGUGCAGAAUGAGCGCCUGGCAUCGCUGCAGGGGCCGAGCCGCGGGGUUGCGCUGGCUGCAACCCAGGUCUUCCGCCUGGUGCAGGCUGACCCCAACAUGGCGCAGCUGGAGACGCCUGCAGAAGGCAGCGCAGCGCAGGCGCCUCAGGCCCAGUCAAACUGGUCUGGGCGCUGGGAGCAGAGGAGCGACUAUAGUCCUGCCCCGCCUGCAGUGAAGCCCAUGGGUAAAGGAGCUAUGCGAAUGCCAGCCAUGAGCGCACCUCCGGCAUCUGCAGGUGCGGGUUUGCAAUGCCAGAUCUUCUUCGAAGUGAGUGACAUGGAGGCAGCCCACAUUAUAGGAAAGGGAGGCACCUUCCUGCAAUCGGUUUGCCAGCAGACCAAUGCCAAAGUGCAGCUCACAAAGCGAGGUGAACAAGUUCCAGGAACGGAGAACCGCUUGGUCACCGUCAGUGGUCUCAUGCAGAACGUGCAUGCCGCGCAUGCUAUGGUUGUUGAACGCGCAGCCAGCACGCCCUCAAGGAGGCCUUGAACAAGUGAUGGCGUCAGUAUUUGUCAAACUAGUAGUGGCUUUGGAAACAAAA